AUGGUAGAACUUGGGCCGGUCUUGCUGUUGGUCGGAUUAUUCUUCUCAGUUCCGCUUCAAUUUUAUCUCUCACCCAGCUCUUCAGCUGAAUUUAAGUUUUAUUUGACAAGGUAAGUUAAUUUUGUUUUGUUGUUGUUGAUGUUUAGAUUGGUGGAUCAGGUGGGCGAAUGGAAGAACAUCUGGUUGAAAGAGAGUGUGGAAGAAGAGAAAUCAUUCAUCGAUGAGUACUUGAAGAAUAAAAAGAAGGUUGCGGAGGAUGUUUUGGAUCUAGCAGAGUUGAAAAUCGACGACGAUCACUUUGCAUGUAAGACAAGGUUAAAAUAGGGUUAGAACUUUGUGAUAACUCUUUAAUUUUGCCAAGCUUUUCUAUAAAAGAGAAUUGAAGGUUUUAUUCGUCUUCUAAGCCAUAAACUAAUUGAAUUCAUGUUUGAAAACCUAUCUUUAGCAUCAAAAGAACCUCGAGAUCCACGUGCACCAUGGGUAAAGUACCGGAUUGGUCAAGUCUUUCGCCAUAAAAAGCAUAAAUUUAGAGGUAAGUGGGUGGUGUUUGAUUAAUAUUUAAUUGUGCUUUCUUUUCCAGGCGUUAUCGUUGGUUGGGAUCACACAGCGAAUGCCCCAAAGUGGUGGAUCAAUGGCAUACUUCUGAAUAAAAAAGUAUGUCGGAUUGGAUCUUUUGCGUUAUACAGUUCUAUUUUAGGCCUUUAUUGGCUAUACGUUGGCUGGUUUUGUGGUUUGAAGCCAUUAGAAGGUCAAAUUUUUAUAUUGGCCUAAUAAUUUAUGUUAUCCAUGGCAAAACUUUUAAAAAUUUCCGAUUUUCUUUCAGGAAUGGAUAGACAAUCCGAAUUACUUGGUCCUAAUCGACAUGCGGGACAAGCAUCUACCUCAAAUCGCCUAUUUAAUCGAGGAGAACAUCGAAAUCAUCUCCGGCCAGAGCAUCAUCCAUCCCAAUCUGGAGAAGUACUUUGAAGGCUUCGAUGGAACAGAAUAUCGUCCCCGGCCCUGGUUCCGUGAGAUCUAUCCAUUCGGCUAG